AUGUUGGGACCUGACUAUAAGAAAAAGUUGUGGUUAGCAAAUAUAGCAGCUCUAUGCCUUAUCUGCUCUACUGUUACAAUCACUCUGUAUUACGACCCUCAAUCUCCUGCUAGCCAACCUACACCUACAAAGCCCAUUGUGCUGCUGUGGUUCUGGCCUCUCGGUGUCCAGUUUGAUCUCAAUGGGUGCUUAACCCACUUCAACAUUGAUAGCUGUGUUCUGACAGAUAACAGAUCCCUCUACAGCGAAGCCAAGGGAGUCAUUUUCUUCCACAGAGACAUAUCCUGGGGGUUAAAAAACAUGCCGAAGGGUCCACGUCCGGCUUUUCAGAAGUGGGUUUGGUACCACGUUGAAUCCCCGACGAAUACAGCAAAGCUCCCUGGUCUCGACAACCUUUUCAACUUAACACUGAGCUACAGGAGAGAUGCUGACAUCAAGAAAGACAAACUGGUGUGCUGGAUUGUCAGUAACAACAACGAACACACUGGAACAGCUGUGAGAGAACAGUAUUAUCAUGAACUGUCCAAACAUAUUGAAAUCCACGUUUUCGGUUCAGCCUUUGGAGGGCAGCGUUUGCACUACGAGGACUACUACUCCACCAUUGCCAGCUGUAAGUUUUACCUGUCGUUUGAGAACUCAGUCCACAGGGACUACAUCACAGAGAAGGUUAACGGGCCCCUCGUGGCCGGGACGGUCCCUGUAGUAUUGGGUCCGCCAAGAGAAAACUACGAGCAAUUCCUUCCCUCCGACGCCUUCAUUCACAUAAAGGAUUUCCCUGACGCAAAGUCACUGGCACAGUUUCUGCUGGGCAUGAACGACGAGGCGUACAUGCGUUACUUUGAGUGGAGGAAGUUCUUCACAGCCAACCCUCAUCUCCUGUCGCUGUACAACGAAUUCCUUCAGCCAAUCUGCCUCGCCUGCAACCGCAUGUCAAAAGACUGGGAUUUCCAUGUAGUUCAUGACCUUUAUAAGUGGUACUUUAAGUGA